CGUAACCAGCGAAUUUACACCAUAUAACCCCAUUGGGAAGAACUAGCGACAUCUCGUUUGUUACCCCUGCCGUUCAUUUCAACAAAACGAUGGAUCAAGAACUUUCAUUCCUACUUCGUACGGGAUGGGUCAUGAAGCAAAAGAAAGUUAUUUAUAUUUAGAUGAUGAUUUAGUAUGUUAUGAUAACCUGCCUGGAGCGCUUGUAUGUGAAAAUGUGUGGAUUCAAAUACGUGUUAGUGAUACUUUUAGUUUGGAUUAGCUACCAUGAAGUCCGCACCCAAUACCAUCUCCGUAUAGUCGGUGGCGCCACCACGACCAUAGAGCGGUACCCAAUCGUGGCUCAACUCCUGCUGGACGUGUUUGGCCGACGAGAUUUCGUCCAGCAUUGCGCUGGAGUCAUCUUGACGUCGCGUCACGUUAUAUCUUGUGCGCAUUGCUAUCGAUACAGCGCUGGGACUGGACUGAACUAUACUCUCCCAAAAUACUGGAAGAUUCGCGUUGGCUCAUCAUUCCGCAGCCAAGGCGGGGUCCUCCACAAAAUCAAGACCAUCGUCAUCCACCGAGACUUCAACAAGUACUAUUACACCAACGACAUUGCUGUACUGGUUGUCUCUAGGCCUUUUACCUUUGGGCCGGGAGUGAGACAAGGAACUAUUACUAAACUUGGGAAUGAGAUCAGGACGAAUUCUACGUGCACUGUUAUUGGAUGGGGAGCAACUGAGAGCACUGGAAUGCUGUCAGAACAGCUACGUUACGCCACGGUUUACACAGUUGAUCACCGACUCUGCGUCUACCGAUACAAUAACAUUAUGGCCAAAAUAUCGGAUUCCAUGCUAUGCGCUGGUCAUAUAGACGUGGGUGGCAUAGAUGGGUGCUUUGGAGACUCAGGAGGCCCGUUGCUGUACAAAGGAGUGGUGGUUGGACUGGUUUCUUUCGGGUUCGCGUGCGGGCAUGCUUAUUAUCCAGGAGUUUAUACUAAAAUAUCAAGUUAUACGGAUUGGAUUCUUAAAACAAUCGCUACUUAUAAGUAAAAGAAAAUAGGUAGCUGUUAAUUGUACUAAGUUAUUCACUACAAAACUUUGAAAUAAAACAUAUAUAAUUUUUC